AUGGUGAGUUUCACCCGCAACGCCGCCUACGCAUCCACCAUCCUCACCCACCUCCCCACACCCACAUCCCUCCCAGCAAACUUCAACGCCCACGCCAACACCAUCAUCGGAGCACUGUGGAUACAUCUCUCGCCCCUCCUCUCCCUAGUCCACCCGCCUACUUACCCCGCCUCCACACCACUCCCUAUCCCCCCUCCGACACUCAAAGAUAUAUUCAACCCCCUCCGCCACCUCGUCGUUUCCGCCGGCCUCCUCUCCCUGCACAUGCACCUUGAUCCGCACACAGCAUACCACCACGUCCCGCUCUUCAAAGAAGAUAACUAUGAUUCGUCGAUUAUGGAGUGUUGGAACGAUCCCUCCAUGCGCCAACAAAAUAUGCGGAAUAAGUACGAAGACGUAGACAAGGAUGAGCAGAAGCGGCGUGAUGCGUUGAGUGAGACUGAGAAGAAGCGUGCGAGGGGCGAUACGGGGUUGACGCAGAUCCUAUGUUUCAACGGGGUGACUGCGUAUCGGAAAGGUGGGUGGGAGGCCGGCUCGUCUACCGCUAACAAUCCCGUCUACGAAAAAGGAGAGUACAAGAAUAUGGGUGUGAGAAUGCGUGUACUCACACAAGGCUUGGUGUAUUGUCGUUGGGGACGGGCGCUCAGUUCGCAAAAGUCUGCUUCGAUGGAUAAUGAAACCGGGAAGAAGAUACAUGGGGAUGCGUGGAGAGAGGGUGGGUUCAUGCAGUUUACGAAUGUGGAGGGCGUGUUUGAUUGGCUGGGCAAGGAGAGGAAGGAGAAGGCGGAAGCUAGGAAGGCUGUUCUGGAGAGGAUGGCUGGGAGGGCGGACGCUGGUGCUGCUGGUGCUGCUGAGAAGACGGUGCUGCAGGCUGAAGGAGCCAAGAAGAAAGGGAAAGGGAGGAGGAAGCCGCGUACGGAGAUUGAGGGCUCCGAUCUGGAUCGUUGA